CAUCGGGAUCCGAUUUUGUCAUCGAGGCACGAAGGGCUCGAGCGGAAAAUGCCAAGAUGGUCACAAAUCCUCUGGAUUUCUCCGGGUGCUGCCUGGUGUUUAUGACAAGCCUCGGCGCCUGCAAGUGUAAGAAUAACGAUUUAAUUUGUCUUAAAUUCUCUUCUUCAGCCUCCACGACCAGCCAGCGGUUUGAAGAAGCUCAUUUCACCUUCGCUUUAACCCCCCAGCAAGUCCAGCAGAUCCUCGCCUCCCGAGACAUCUUACCGGGUGCUAAAUGUGAUUACACUACGCAGGUGCAAUUAAGGUUUUGCUUGUGUGAAACCAGCUGUCCCCAGGAAGAUUACUUCCCUCCUAAUUUAUUUGUCAAGGUCAAUGGAAAACUCUGUCCCCUGCCCGGUUACCUCCCACCCACGAAAAACGGCGUGGAGCCGAAGCGACCCAGCCGCCCCGUCAACAUCACUCCGCUGGCACGGCUUUCGGCAACUGUCCCCAACACCAUCGUGGUGAACUGGUCCUCGGAGUUCGGCCGGAACUACUCGCUGUCGGUGUACCUGGUGAAGCAGCUGACGUCGGUGACGCUGCUGCAGAAGCUGAGAGCCAAGGGCAUCCGGAACCCAGACCAUUCGCGAGCCCUGAUCAAAGAAAAACUCACCGCUGACCCCGACAGCGAGAUAGCGACGACGAGCUUGCGCGUUUCCCUGAUGUGUCCGCUGGGUAAGAUGCGGCUGGGCGGGCCCUGCCGGGUGCCCUGCCGAGCCGUCACCUGCAGCCACCUCCAGUGCUUCGACGCCGCGCUCUACCUGCAGAUGAACGAGAAGAAACCCACCUGGACGUGUCCCGUCUGCGAUCAGAAAGCUCCGUACGACAACCUGAUCAUCGACGGGUUGUUCAUGGAAAUCCUGAACUCCUGUUCGGACUGCGACGAGAUCCAGUUCAUGGAGGACGGCUCCUGGAGCCCCAUGAAGCCCAAGAAGGAGAAGGCGGAGGUGUGCGCACCGGCUGCCUUCAGCGGGAUCGAGGCCGCCUCCCUUUACACCGUGAGCUCCGAGAGCAAGAACUCUUCAGAGAGCAAAAAAAAAGUGGAGGUGAUUGAUCUCACGCUGGACAGCUCGUCCGACGAGGAGGAGCCACCUGCCAAAAAGCCGUGUCCAGGCUCCAGCGCGGUUCCGGCCGCGGCCGGGCCCAAGGGGGUGUUAAAUGUCGAUCACCAGCCGGCGUCCGUGCUUCGGAGCCCUCCCAUGGCAGCUCUCGGCGGCGAUUAUCUCUCCAACCUCCCCGUUCCCGACUACCACCCUUCCUACCCGCUGCCCUCAGAGCUUCAAGGUCUGGAUUUGUUUUCCUUC